AUGAGCACAACCACGACCACCGCCGGCAUCGCAUCUGCCGGCCCUCCCUCGGUCGAAAUCGUCGCCAUGAGCCGCUCGUCGUCUCCCGAGCUGGAUCCCGUUGCCGUGAGCGAGGACCUGACGCCGCUGCCCAGCCUCAAGCAGGCCGGCGACAGCGACAUCGACUUUGACGGCCAGCUCGACCGGCCGCUCAAGGUCCGCGAGGAUGUCCGUUCGGGAUGCGGGGGCCAGACGUGGCCCGCAGGUCUGGUGCUCGGGAAGCACAUGCUACGGUACCAUCGAGAGGAACUCCAAGAUGCAAGAAUACUGGAACUCGGGGCUGGCGGCGGCCUGGUCGGAUUGGCCGUUGCACUGGCCUGCGGUGGACGCGAAGGUCGCAGUCGGCUGCUUCUAACGGACCAAGACGAGAUGCUGGAGCUGAUGCAGCACAACAUCCGGCUCAACGAGGUGGACGCGAGGGCCAGCGCUCUGGUGCUCAACUGGGGAGAGCCGCUGCCAGAUGCUGUCGUGCAACAAAGGCCAAACGUCAUACUGGCGGCCGAGUGCGUCUACUUUGAGCCCGCCUUCCCGCUGCUGAUGCAGACACUCAAGGACCUGUUUGUCCUGAACGAAGAUGCCAUCGUCUACUUUUGUUUCAAGAAGCGCCGGCGGGCGGACCUGCAGUUUGUCAAGAUGGCGAAGAAGGCGUUUGUUGUCCAAGAGCUAUUCGACGAGGACCGGCCGGUGUUUUCGCGCCAGUCGUUGUUCCUGUUCAGCUUCAAGAGCAAACGGGCGGCGACCAAGGCCAACGGAAGCGCCGGCAAGGAGGCCAAUGGCUAUUGCAGCAGCAAUACGACAGUGAGGAGUUGA